AUGGUUGAUACUAUACCUAUCAGAACCUCAACAAACUGCGAUGGUUAUUGCCACUUAGAGCUUGAAAAACUUGAGUGGAUAGAAUCAGAAAUUCCACCAUCUAUCAAUGCCAUGGAGGUUUUCAUGGUACUCCAGCUUCCUCAGCCAGAAACAGAUGAAAACGACGCCACUACAAUUAACAAAAUCCAAGCGAGUUAUGGUAUACAGAAAAUGGGCUGGCAAGGAGAUCCAUGUGUACCUGUACAGUAUAAGUGGACUGGUCUAAACUGCAGCAACACGUUUCCGUCUAUUCCACCAAGAAUCAUUUCCCUGGACCUGUCAAACAACAAUUUGACGGGAAGAGUGCCUGAAUUUCUCGCCAAAUUGAAGUUGUUGACGUUCAUACAUCAAGGAAAUCCAAACCUCUGUUCGGAUCCAUCAUGCGAAAGUGGUGGAAAUAACAAAAAGAAGUUGCUAUUACCCAUUCUUGCAUCAGCUGCUUCGGUGGGUAUUAUUACAGCUGUGCUUCUUCUCGUUAUUCUCUUCUACAGAAAGAAGAGGUCGUCGACAGACCUACGUCCAUCAAUUGUGGCAAACAAGAGAAGCUUUACGUAUGAAGAGGUUAAGGUGAUGACAAAUAACUUUGAGAGAACUCUUGGUGAAGGAGGGUUUGGAGUCGUUUACCACGGUAACUUAAAUUCUAACGAACAAGUGGCUGUUAAAGUCCUCUCUCAGUCCUCAGCUCAAGGUUAUAAGCAAUUUAAAGCUGAGAUAGACCUUCUUCUGAGAGUGCACCACAUAAAUUUGGUAAGCCUUGUUGGUUAUUGUGAGGAAGGCCAACACUUGGUCCUCAUCUAUGAGUACAUGUCCAGUGGAAACUUAAAACAACAUAUAUCCGGAGAAUUUUCUAGCUCGCCGUUGAGUUGGGAAAAUAGGGUAAGAAUUGCUGCAGAGACAGCACAAGGACUGGAGUACUUACAUAUUGGCUGCAAACCACCAAUGAUUCAUAGAGAUAUCAAAUCUACGAACAUACUUCUUGAUAAUAAUUAUCAAGCUAAACUUGGCGAUUUUGGGCUUUCAAGAUCUUUUCCAGUGGGAAGUGAAACGCAUGUGACUACAAAUGUUGCUGGAUCUCCAGGCUAUCUUGACCCUGAAUAUAACCGAACAAACUGGUUGACAGAGAAGAGCGAUGUCUUCAGUUUUGGAGUGGUAUUACUGGAAAUUAUCACAAGCCAGCCGGUUAUUGACCAAACUCGUGAAAAGUCUCACAUAGGAGAAUGGGUGGGAUUUAGGUUAACCAAUGGACAUAUCAAAAACAUUAUGGAUCCAAGUCUCGUUGAUGAUUAUGACUCUAGUUCAAUGUGGAAGGUUCUUGAGCUAGCAAUGUCUUGCAUUAGUCCAACUUCGUCUGGAAGACCAAACAUGUCCCAAGUUGCUAAUGAACUACAAGAGUGUCUCUUAUCUGAGAACUCAAGGAAAGGAGGGAGACAUGACAUGGACUCCAAAAGUUCUGUUGAACCGAGCACAAGCUUUGGUCCUGAACAGACUCCUGAUGCACGGUAG